CGUCACAAUAAACAGACGAAGAAGACGUAACCCGGAAAAAAUGACAAGAUGGCGGAAUGUGAAAACACCAACGAUGCUUCAGCCGCAGAACCUUCUAAAUUAUGUGACCUAUUAGACCGUGGGUGGAAGAUUUUUGAUGAGGUAGACAGUACAAACGAACCACUUGGCUCUAAUAGUAUCCAGGUCCGAGUUAAACGCGGUAUCAGUAUGUUGGAAGAAGCGUCUGGAAUGGUGGCUCAGCUCGACCUGUUCAGCCGCAAUGAAGAGCUCGAGGAGAUCGCCACGGCAGACCUGAGAUACCUGCUGCUGCCCGCUCUGCUAGGAGCUCUGACCAUGAAGCAGACAGGCAGAGACAAACGACUAGAGAUAGUCCAAACAUCCCGGGCUUACUUUAUGGACUUCUUGAAGAGAAGCAAAGAGUAUAAUCUUUCACAGUUUGAACUACCAAAGUUGACGAAUGAAAACACAAGUGUUGUCGAAGCAUCAGAAAAUGGACACUCUACAGCCAAGUCUGUCCCCUGCCAGUCAGACCUGGUUUCUAUGGCAGCACAGAGACAAGCUAAGAUCCAGCGGUACCGUCAGAGGAAGGAGCUGGAAGCCAGACUGACAGAUGUACGGAGAGCUGUGGACAGUGGAAAGGCCGACGAUGAAGUCAGCAGAGAUUUUUACCUUCUGAAUGUUCAGAGAUGGGUCACUGUGUGCCUGGAGGAAAUAGAGAGCAUUGACCAGGAGGCGGAGAUACUGAAGAAGAUGGAUGGUCUGAAGCAGGGUGCUGCCAAGCAGCCAGCUCACCCAGCCAGGCCUCCCAUGAAACCUUUCAUUCUCACCAAGGACGCUGUACAGGCAAAAGUGUUCGGUGCUGGUUACCCCAGCCUCGCCACCAUGACGGUAGAUGACUGGUAUGAUCAGCACAGGAAAAAGGGAGCUCUGCCUGACCAGGGGAUACCCAGUAGGGUCGAUGGGGAGGAGGACACUGAUGCCAAGGAGAGGGAAGAAGAAGAUAAAGAGAAAAAGGCUGAAAAUGAUGAUGAAGAGUCACUGCUGAAAGCCAGAAACUGGGAUGACUGGAAAGAAACUCACCGCAGAGGUUAUGGAAACCGCCACAACAUGGGCUAAUCGAUCCAUACAGUGUGUCCAAACAGACUUUGCUCUGCCUUCACUUCUGUUCUACUCAGUGUAGGAAGUGGACGUUCGUCACAAUUUAGAUUCUUAAGACUGUAUGAGAAGGUCACCACAAUACGACAGCUGAUUUACUGAUAUUCCAUAUUCUGUUGACGCAUUAUAUAAUCCGUUGGAUUCAACACUCCUCUGUGGUGUUAUGUUUUACAGUGAGUCUUAAUAAAAAAUCUACAAUUUGGUGGGAUUGAAUGGAGCCCAGCCAUGAUGCCAAUGUUUCUGCUUAGAAGUGUGUUUUCCCCUAACACUUUAAUUGGACAAUAAAGAGACUGAACAAACUAUGUAUCAAGAAAAUCAGUGUACAGAA